UAUUGAAAUUGCACAUGACAAGUUUAUCAACAGUAAUGUUGUUUGCAAGUCGAAUCUGUUUCCAGUUGACAGGUGGAACCAGAUAUUUAUCAAACGAUGCCAUUCGACAGGGUCUCAUCGGAAUGGUCGGUAGAACUCCGCUAGUUCGAAUAAACAAACUUAGUGAUGAAACUGGUUGUGAGAUACUGGCAAAGGCCGAGUUUUGUAAUGGGGGAGGAUCUGUCAAGGAUAGAGCGGCAUUAUAUUUAAUCAAAGAUGCACAGGAAAAGGGUCUGCUACGACCUGGUGGGACGGUUGUAGAGGGAACCGCGGGAAACACUGGCAUCGGCUUAGCUCAUAUGUGUCUUGCUCUUGGCUAUAAAUGUGUUAUUUACAUGCCGAACAAUCAAUCACAGGAGAAGAUAGACAUGCUGACAACCCUGGGAGCGAUUGUGCGACCCGUUCCAGUUGUUGCUUGGGACAAUCCUGAAAAUUACAACCACCAAGCAAGUAGAUUUGCAGAGAGUUUGGACAACGCUGUUUGGACAAACCAGUUUGAUAAUACUGCUAACAGAAAAGCCCACAUGGAAACCACGGGUCCAGAAAUAUGGGAAGAAACCCGAGGCAAAGUCAAUGCAGUUGUUUUUGGCACAGGAACCGGUGGGACUUUAGCAGGAGUUGGGACUUUUUUAAAAGAAAAGAAUCCAAAAGUGCAGGUGUUUUUAGCGGACCCCCAAGGAAGCGUAUUAUAUAAUUAUAUCAAACAUGGAAAACUAGAAAGGACUGAAGGAAGUUCCAUAACAGAGGGCAUUGGACAAGGUCGAGUUACAAAAAACCUGGAAGGAGCCCCAAUUGAUGAUGCUCUUGCCAUUAAAGAUACCGACGCUGUUGAGAUGACAUUUAGACUGUUACACGAAGAAGGAUUUUUCGUUGGGGCUUCCACUGGGUUAAAUGUUGCCGCUGCCGCUCAAGUUGCCAAGAUAAUGGGACCGGGUCAUACAAUUGUUACCUGUUUGUGCGACACUGGUCAAAGAUACUACGCCAAAUUAUUCAGUAAAUCCGUUCUAGAGGACAUGGGUCUUUUAGACUGUAUUCCAAUACCUUAUAGAGGGUAUUUACAUUAAAAAGUAUAUAAUUAGUCAAUAAUACUUUUUUAUAAUGAUUUAUUCUGUGAUUCUGAAGUCAAUCCAACUGGAGUGGCAUUACUAAUUUAUUUGAUCAUGAUUUACGUUUCUCCUAAAGGAGCCGGAAAUGCAAAAAAAACCCAAACAAAACAGCUUUUAAUCUGACAGUUUAUGACAUCUUCUACCGGAAUUAUACAUAGAAAUGUAAAAUUAUGCAAUUGUACAAUAUUGUUGUUUCUUUUACUAUUAAGAACACCACAAGUUCAGAAUC